CUGCUUCCUCGUUUUUCAAACGGUCUCUCAGGAAUCCCAGCAUUUUCCUCCUCUUUCACCAGUAAGUCCUAAGGAAGAACUUGCCCGAGGAGUGGGGGCUCCUGGUCACAGGCAGGAGCUGGGCCCCCCUUUCCCUUCAGCCCUAAUUGCCAAGAUGUCAUGGUGGGGAGAGGAGGGGAUUAGGCAGAUGGGUGCCCCUCCCCCUCCCAGCCAAUGCCACCUCCCGGGGCCCAGUCCCCCACCCGGGCCAGGAUUACCCUCCGAGAUCCAGGCCACAUGGCAAAUGACAUCACUGCCAGCCGGGGCUUAAAGUCUCCCCAUGUGAGGGGACCCGUCUCCUCCAGCCUCUGCCAUCUGACAACUGUCCUGGACGUGGGCCCUGUCCCUCCGUCCUGAGGCCCACUCACCUGGUCCCCAGUGUCCGCGAAGAUCAUGAUGGCGUAUAUGAACCCGGGGCCCCACUAUUCCAUCAGCGCCUUGGCCCUGAGCGGCCCCAGCGUGGAUCUGAUGCACCAGGCUGUGUCCUAUCCGAGUGCCCCGAGAAAGCAGCGGCGGGAGCGGACCACCUUCACCCGGAGCCAGCUGGAGGAGCUGGAGGCCCUGUUUGCCAAGACCCAGUACCCAGAUGUGUACGCCCGAGAGGAGGUGGCCCUGAAAAUCAAUCUGCCGGAGUCCAGGGUUCAGGUUUGGUUCAAGAACCGCAGGGCUAAGUGCAGACAGCAGCGGCAGCAGCAGAAACAGCAGCAGCAGCCCCCAGGGGCACAAGCCAAGGCUCGUCCUGCCAAGAGGAAGGCGGGCACAUCCCCAAGGCCCUCCACUGAUGUCUGUCCAGACCCCCUGGGCAUCUCAGAUUCCUACAGCCCCCCUCUGCCUGGCCCCUCAGGCUCCCCCACCGCGGGAGUGGCCACUGUGUCCAUUUGGAGUCCAGCCUCAGAGUCCCCUUUGCCCGAGGCCCAGAGGGCUGGGCUAGUGGCCUCAGGGCCUUCUCUGACCUCAGCACCCUACGCCAUGACCUACGCCCCAGCCUCUGCUUUCUGCUCUUCCCCCUCAGCCUAUGGGUCUCCCAGCUCCUUCUUCAGUGGCCUGGAUCCCUAUCUUUCUCCCAUGGUGCCCCAGUUGGGGGGCCCGGCUCUCAGCCCCCUUUCUGGGCCCUCCAUGGGACCCUCCCUGGCCCAGUCACCCACCUCCCUGUCAGGCCAGAGCUAUGGCGCCUACAGCCCUAUGGACAGCUUGGAAUUCAAGGACCCUACAGGCACCUGGAAAUUUGCCUACAACCCCAUGGAUCCUCUGGACUACAAAGAUCAGAGUGCCUGGAAGUUUCAGAUCUUAUAGAAGCGACGUCUCCACCUCUUGUUUAAGUCUCCUCCCUGAAGCUUAGGUACUUGGACAACAGCUCUGCAAAAGCAGCAGGAGCCAGCCAUCCUGCCAAAGGCUGUGGCCACUUUGACUUCCUGAGCAGCUUAACACAACACAGUCCACCCCUUUCCUCCCUGGGAGAGGGGCUCCUUCAGCAGGGCUCAGUAAUUCUCUCAACCCAGCACCAUCUCACACCGAUUCUAACGGGCAUUUUCAAACAUGAGCCCCAGACUCCAGAAACUGGCACUGAGAACUUGCCCCGAGAUGAAACGAAACCAAACUCACAGUUGAUUUGG